CUUUCCUUCCCUACUCUUCGUUGUCAUUUCUCUCCCAAAAAUAAAAAUAAAAAAGAAAAAAACUUCUCUCUCUCUCCCUCUGCCUGUCUCUCUGUAGAUUCUAGGGGAGAGAGAAAGUUUAUACAGGAAACCAUGAAAGCUUCUUCUUCAUCAUCAUCAUCAUCAUCAUCCGAUGACCAACCCAAGAAAUACCCGGUGGGUCAUUCGGACAUGAACUAUCAUCAUCAUCAGCCCACAGGCAACCACCAAGGUUACCCACCAUCUUCGGUGACGGGUUACCCGCCAACAGUGGGUUAUCCACAUGGCCAACCCGGAUAUCCACCCCAGUAUCAAGGCUAUCCUCCCAAUGCCUAUAACUAUCAUCCGUCGGGUCCUUAUUACAACCCGCAAUCCGAAUCUCCGGCCGGCUCGGCUUUUGUUCGCGGGUUCGUUGUCAUGUUCAUCAUACUGAUUACAUUAACAUGUAUAUCCAGCAUCAUCGUUUGGAUUGUUCUACGCCCCGCGACUCCCGAAUUCAGAGUCGAUUCGUUAACCGUCACGAAUUUCAAUGUCUCGAAGGCGAACUUCACGGCGAAUUGGGAGGCGAACAUCAUGGCCUACAAUCCCAACCACAGACUGAAAGUGUACUUCGAUCGGGUGCAGAGUUUCGUUUAUUACGACGAGGAUCACUUGUCGUCGGCGGCGGUGGAUCCGAUGUUCUUGAACACCAAGGCACGUGAGGAGAUGAAGCUCAAGUUGGCGACCAACAGUAUGGACGAGCACGUGGUUGCUGACUGGGUGUUGGACGACAUUGUAAAGGAACGGAACGGCGGGUCGGUGACAUUCAAUAUGAGAAUGUUGGUGUUCUCGACGUUUAAAUCUGGGGUUUGGUGGACCAGACACGCCACUUUGAAGGUUUUCUGUGAGGAUUUGAAGGUUGAUUUUAUCGGCAAUGCAAUGGACGGGAAGCUAGCCGCUGCGAAAGACGAGCAGUGUAUCGUUUAUUAUAGCUGAUCAACUAUACUUUUUCUUUUAAUUUUUAUUUUUAUUUCUCAUAGAUAUUGUAAUUGUGUGGUGAUGGAUAAUGUAGAUAUUUCCCAUGGAAAUAGUUAUUCAUCGAUUUGUAGAUCAAUUAAUUGUUACAUAUUCUUCUUU